AUGCCGCACUUUACAGAAGAACUGGAAGAGGUCAAAAUAUCAGAAGGUGAAACUGCCGUUCUUAAAGUUUCUGUUGAAGGAAGUCCAAAACCUGAAAUAACUUGGUUGAGAUCCGGUGUUCCUGUUCAAAUAGAUAAUGUGCACUUUGUUGCAAAAGAGGACGAGAAGGGUCAUUAUAGCCUCACGAUAAAGAAGGCUGCCGUAGAAGAUGCUGGGACGUACUCUUGUAAAGCCACUAACGCAGCUGGAAGUGUAAUGACAGAGGCUAACUUUGCUGUAGAAGAAGUUUUGGUACCGCCUCAUUUUACUGAAGAGCUUAAUGAACUUUCGGUAGCAGAAGGUGAAACCGCCGUUCUUCAAGUUACUAUUGAAGGAAGACCUCAGCCAGAAGUGACUUGGAUGAAAUCUGGCGUUCCAGUAAAUAUCGAUAACAAACAUUUGAUAUCAAAACAAGACGCUACAGGACAUUACAGUUUAACAAUUAAGGAUUCUACAAAAGCGGAUGCGGGAGUGUACUCUUGCGAAGCUAAAAAUGUGCUUGGUUCCUCAAAGACGGAAGCUAAUUUUGCAAUUGAAGAAGAACUUCAGACACCCGUUUUUAUUGAAAAAUUGGACGACGUGUCGAUACAGGAGUCUGAGUCUGCAACACUCUCUGUGGUUGUUGAGGGAAAGCCAACACCUAAUGUUGAGUGGUACAAAGAUGGAGUUUCGGUUAAUGUUGAUAACGAACAUAUCAUAACCAGAAGAGAAAAAGACGGAAAAUAUGAGCUGAUCAUUAAGCAAGCUGAAAAAGGAGACGCCGGAGUUUAUUCCUGCAAGGCAAUUAAUAAAGCAGGAUUUGAUUUGGUUGAGUCUCAUCUGGCUGUUGAAGAAACUAUUGUAGCACCUCGUUUUAUAGAACAACUUAAUGAACUGAGUGUUGAAGAAGCUGAUAAAGCUGUUUUGAAGGUCACUGUUGAAGGAAAACCUGAGCCAGAAGUUAAGUGGUCGAAAAAUGGUGUCCCAGUUAAUAUUGACAACUCACAUACGCUGGUGAAAGACGGUGAACAUGGCGAGCACCUUUUGAUAAUCAAUGAUGUUAGCAUUGAAGAUCUGGGUGAGUACACGUGUACGGCAAUUAACGUAGGCGGGCAAGAAGAGACUACGGCGGAAUUGAAAUUCCCGAAAUAUAGGUUCGAAAAGACAGCCGAAGAAGAGGUAAAGCCGAUGUUUGUACAGCCAAUUCAAACUACAAGAGCUGAAAGCGGUGAGGCAAUCACUAUGAUGUGUCAGGUAAACGAAGAGUCAAAACCAGAAGUCUUCUGGUAUCAUGAGGGUAAGCCACUGGUUAGUGACGAAAAUAUGGUUGUUGAAAGGUUGGAAAAUGGAGUUUUGAAACUCACUAUAAUGCAUGCUACUGCGGAAGAUGCUGGUCAGUAUACCUGUGAAGCAGUCAACAAAUUAGGAAAAGCGUCUACCGCAACUCAACUGAAAGAAGAGUUUGCUAAAAUUGUUGAAGAAGUGGUGCCUGAUGAGUACGUGCUAGGAUUCUUGAAACCAUUACAUGAUGUGGUGAUUCAGAAUGGUAAUCCUGUAAAACUUGAAUGUACAUUGGAUUCCACGGCUGAAAAAGUUAAUAUUAGUUGGACAAAAGACGGCGGUAAACUGCCGCAUGAAGCUGUGACAGAAGUUCUCGAAAAUGGUGUGCAGGUAAUGAGGAUUGAAAAAGCGAAACCCGAGCACGCUGGUGUAUACCGUUGUGUGGCUACUAUGAAUGAAACUUCUGUAUCGACAGAAGCAAAGCUCACCAUUUCAGGUGCUCCUGAAUUUGUACAACCGUUGAAAUCUUGCUCCACAACAUUAAACGGAAAGGCCAUUCUACAGUGUAAGGUUACAGGUCAUCCAAGACCAAAAGUUAUAUGGAAGAAAAAUGGAAAAGAAGUUGAAAAGAGCAAUAAGAUAACGAUCGAGUCUUACGACGAUGGAACCAAUGUACUGAAGAUUGACGGCGUCACUGACGAAGACUGCGGUGAAUAUAGAUGUGAGGCAGUAAACGAAUACGGAUCCGCUUGGACGGAAGGCCCAAUUGAUUUCGCCCAAAAGACUGGUGAAGGGGAAGCUCCAGAUUUCUUAGAACCUGUGAAACCUAUAACGGUUAUGGAAGGAGACACAGCUGUUUUGGAAGGAAAGUUAACUGGCGAGCCGAAACCAACAGUAGAGUGGUAUCGUGGUGAUCAAAAAUUGCUUGCUGAUAAUAAAAAGAUUAUUAUUGAAAGCUAUGAUGAUGGGACUCAACGAUUAGUUAUUCGAGACAUCCAACAGUCAGAAGGUGAUGAAUACCGUUGCUUUGCAACAAAUGAAUAUGGAGAAGUUUUCAGCGAUGUUACUAUCGUUGUGCAAGGCAAGUUACUUCAAAAUAUUUUUGUUUUACAAAAAACUGAAAUAGCGCCCGAUUUCCUAAGCGAGUUACGAGCUGUACAAGCCACUGAGGGAGAAGCUGUUACUUUUGAGUGCCGAGUUACUGGACAACCGCUGCCAGAAGUUAAAUGGUACAAGGAUGGACAAGAACUAAUACCGCGUAAGGGUAUGAAAAUUGAAAGUCUACCAGAUGGCACAAAUCGAUUGAUAAUUGAUGCAGUCGAAGUAGAGGAUCAAGGCAACUAUCGCUGUGAGGCAACUAACAGUUCUGGAUCAAUGAGUUCUAAAGCGCCAUUGAACGUUGCUGCUAUUGAAAGGCUGAAAAUAAUAAAGGGCUUGAAAGACGUUAAAGUCGGUGAAAAACAGCGUCUCUUAUUGAAUAUUGAGGUUGAAGGGCAGCCGAAAAUUGUCAAAUGGUUUAGAGGCAAAGAUGAAGUUGUCUCAAAUAAAAGGAUGAAACUCAAGAAAGUGAACGAUCAAGAAUACUCUUUGGAAAUUGAUGAAGUUGAAACUUCUGAUGCCGGAAGUUAUCGUGUUGUCUUCUCUACAGAAACUGAAAGCUUAGAAUCGUCAAGUGAAGUUCAAGUAUUAGAACAAGUGAAAUUCAAAAAGUCGCUUACUGACACCUCUGUCGUUGAAGGCAGUACAGCUGAAAUGGAGGUAGAGGUACAAGGCGAUGUUGAAAAAGUAGAGUGGUUAAAGGACGGUAAACCUAUUGACAGCAGUAAGGCUAAAGCGGAAAGCUUGGGAAGCGGAAAAUAUAAAAUGAAAUUAAUUGACUCUUCUGAAAGUGAUAUCGGCGAGUACACAGUGCGUGUCACCAAUGAAGCUGGCUCAACUGAGUCUUCAGCAAAACUUACUGUAAAACUCGCUGCACCGGAGUUUGUACGUGCUCCUUCACCAGUUACUGUGAGUGCUCAUGACGACAUUGUGCUUGAGUUUGAAACCAAAGGAACAGUGAAAACUGUCAAAUGGUAUAAGAAUGGAAAAGAAGUCAAAGAUGGCACAGUUGAGAAAGUUGGUGAUAACAAGUAUAAGCUUACAAAACGAAAAGCCUCGCUAAGUGACCAAGCUGAUUACAAGAUUGUUUUGUCUAAUAAAGAAGCGGAAGCGGAAGCAUCUACUAAGGUAACUGUCACACCACUUUUCGAAAUUGUAAAAACGCUUGAAGAUACUAACGUUAAAGAGGAUGAAAAAAUUGUUCUGGAAAUCAAGACGUCGUCCAAACCUAAAGAAGUUACAUGGUACAAGAACGGAGAAGAAUUGGUACCUUCAGAAGUUGUCCAAAUGGAAGUAGUUUCCAAUGUAGUUUGUCGCUUAGUUAUUCCUCAUGCAACCAGUGAUGAUACAGCUGAUUUUAAAGUUAUCGCAGAGGGAGAAAACACAAGUGCUAUAUCGUCAUGUGCUGUGGUCGUCAAGGUCGAGCCUAUUGCGUUUACAAAGAAAUUGGAGAAUGCUCAAGUAACGGUUGGGGACAAGGCAGUGCUUGAAAUCAAGACAAACGCUCCUGCUAAAGAAAUAAAAUGGUAUAAAAACGGCAAGGAGGUUACACCAAGUGACAAAGCUAAGCCAGAAAAAAUUGAUAAUACUUGCUAUCAACUUGUCAUUGACAAUGCAGCCAAAGAUGAUACUGCUGAUUAUAAGGUUGUGGUGUCAAAUGAACGUGGAACAGCAGAUUCAUCUUGCGCUUUAACAGUGAAGAUGCCAGCACUGAAGUUUGAUAAACCACUGGAAGACACUGAUGGUUUAGAAGGGAACAAAAUCGUUCUUAGUAUUGAGGUUUCUUCACCGCCGAAGACAAUCAAAUGGUACAAAGCUAACAAGGAAAUAACCGAUGCAGAUGACAUCAAAUUGAACAAGGUUGACGAUAAAAAAUUCGAACUGGUAAUACCGGUUGCAAAAACUGACGAUUCAGCUGAAUACAAGGUCACUGUUGCAAAUGAAGACAGUUCUGCGGAAUCAAAAUGUAAAUUAACAGUAAAGGAACCCGUCGUUGAAAUUGUACAAGGUCUCACAGAUCAAACUGUUCAAGAAGGCCAGAAAGUUAUACUUACUGCUAAAGUAAACACCAAGCCAAAGGCUGUUAAAUGGUAUAAGAAUGGUAAGGAGGUUUCUGCCAGCGCUAAGAUAAACAUUACUAAAGUUGACGAUACAACUUACCAACUGGAGAUACCAAAGUUUGUGGCUCAAAACAGAGACAGUAACGCUGAUUCGUCUUGUGCGCUUACGGUCAAGUUACCGCCAUUGAUAAUCAAAAAAGGUCUUGAGGAUACUUCGGCUAAAGAAAAUGACAAAAUUGUGCUGAGCGUUCAGGUCACUCCCGCGCCGAGACAAGUAAAGUGGUAUAAAAACGGCAGAGAAAUCACACCUGAUAAUCGUGUUAAACCAAAGAAGGUUGACGAUGAGACAUAUGAACUUGAAAUUGAAAAUGCAAUUCCAGAAGAUGAGGCUGAGUAUAAGGUUGUUUUAUCCAAUGAUGAUAGUACGGCGGAUUCAUCAUGUGCCUUGACUAUCGUUCAGAAACCUGAAAUAGUUAAAGGCAUUGAGGAUCAAGUGAUUCCUGCUGGAACUCCCCUAGAAAUUGCCAUUCAGACAAAAGGCAGGCCAAAAACUGUCAAAUUUUAUAAGAAUGGGAAAGCACUUUCUGCACAAACAGACAAGAGGAUUACUGAAAAGAAGGUUGAUGAAAAUAAUUAUAUAUUGAGAAUAGAGAAAACUACUGAAAAUGACACAGGAAAAUAUAGCGUUACAAUUGAGAAUGAAGCUGGAUCUGCAGAAAGUACUGGAGAGGUCAUGGUUGAACCUCAAAUACUGUUCUUGCUGCCACUAAAAGACACUGAAGUUGCCGAAGGCGAAAAAGCAGAGUUUGUUGUUCAAACUAAUUGCAAGCCACAUACAGUCAAGUGGUACAAAAAUGGCAGAGAACUCAAGCAUGAGCCUGAAAAGACAGCAAUUUCAGAAGAUGGAAACAAAUUUAAGCUUACGAUUCCCAAAGCAACAAAGGACGAUGUUGCUGAUUACAAGGUGAUAUUAAGCAAUAGUGCUGGUAAUGCUGACUCAUCUGCCAAACUAACACUAAAGAGACCUACUGAAAAACCGUCAAUUCUCAAGGGUUUGGAAGACCAGGUUAUUCCAAAGGGCGAGCCGUUGGUAUUGGAAGCUAAAUUUGCUGGCGGUCCGUUAGAAGUUAAAUGGCUUAAGGACGGUGUUGCAGUACCCAAAUCAGCUAGUGCUGUCAUUGAAAAAACUAGUGACAACUGCUACCGUUUGACAAUUCCAAAAUGUGCGGAAUCAGAUGCCGGUGCUUACACCGCGGAAGCAACCAAUGAGGUCGGAGCUGUACGGACAACAGGAAAUAUUGAAGUGGAUGUUAAACCUGAAAUCGUGAAAGGUUUGAAAGAUGACGAAAUUGUUGAAGGUGACGAUCACACAUUUGUAGUCGAAGUCAACACUCCUGUUCGGUCUGUUAAAUGGUACAAAAACGGUCAAGAAAUUAAACCGACAUCGAAGAAUGUAAUGAAGAAGAUCAAUGCAAAGAAAUAUGAACUUAUAAUUCCAGAAGCUGUUGUCGAUGAUACCGCAACGUUUAAUGUUGUGCUCAGUAAUGCGGCAGGUGAAUGCGAUAGUUCUGCGGCGCUUACAGUCAAGCAAAAGAACAUUCUCCGCAUUAUCGAUGGUCUCAAGGAUCAAACUAUCAGUGAGGAAGAACCACUUAAGUUAUCAGCUAAAGCUGAAGGUCGUCCAAAACAAAAAGAAGACAUUGAUUCUGGCCUGUACACAUUGGAAAUCGAAAAAGCUGUUCCCGCAGAUGGAGGAGCAUAUCGUUUAGUUCUUUCAAAUGAAAACGGUGAUGCACAAAGCGGCGCAGUCGUUCACGUCAGAGCUAAAAAAGUUGAACCUCCAACAUCAGCACCAGCACUUGUGUCUCCAUUACCGGAUGUUGAAGUUUAUGAAGGCGACAUAAUCACACUAAAAUGUCAAAUAACUGGUCAACCUGCACCUACAGUAUCUUGGGAAAAGGACGGUGUUAAGAUUCAAGUUACAGAACGUAUAGCCCAAAGACUGGCUCUAGAUGGUACUGCUACAUUCCGAAUAUUAGAUGCAAAGACAGAGGACUGUGGCAGUUAUGCUGUUGUUGCAACUAAUUCUGCUGGAGAAUGUCGUUCAGACUGCAAAGUCAAUGUCAUAUCAGCGGAGAUGAUACCAACAGAACCAAAGUUUGUCAUACCACUGAAAGCGACUACGGGGGAAAUUGGUUCGAGGGCUGAUUUUAGAGUGAAAGUCAAAGGAGUUCCGAAACCAGAAUUACACUGGUUAGAUGUGCUUACUGAAGAAAAAUUCAGGUAUUUCGGUGGCAAUGAAGUUUUUGCUGAUGCUAAUAUAAUUAUUGACGAUAUGGGAGAUGGCAACUGGACGUUGACUAUAAAGGAGGUUAAAAAGGAACAUGCAGGUCGUAUCAAAUGUGUUGCCAUUAACCAAAAAGGUAGAGCCGAAUGUGAAGAGAAGUUCACUGUACGUGAGGGCAGACCGGCUCGAGUUGGAGAAGACCUCAAUUAUCCUCCAAGGUUUAAUGUUCCUUUGUGGGACAGGAAAAUUUUGGAAGGGAAAUCAACAUCUAUAGAGUGUCAUGUCGAUGCGAAGCCAACUGCGGAAAUAACCUGGUUUAGAGAAAAUAUUGAAUUGAAAAAUACAGAGCGAUUAACAUUGCAAAAUACUUCCGAUGGCGCUUGCCGUGUGUAUAUAAGCACUUUCCAAAUAACGGAUGCGGGUUUGUACAAAUGUGUUGCAAGGAACAAUUUGGGAAGCGCCCAGACUGUUGCUACUAUGACUGUUGAAGUAGUAUCUAAUUAUGGAACUUUAGUGGAGGAAUUUGAAGAAGUCAUAACAGAAAAGGUUCAUCCUCCACGCUUUAAUCCGCCACUUAUGGACAAAAUUGGUAAGGUUGGCGAACUGGUCACGUUGUCUUGCCGGGUGUCAGCUGUACCUCCGGCUGUUAUUACCUGGUUUAAAGAUGGUUUACCUCUAAAGACCGAUAAAAGGCUGAUGACCGAAGUUGAUGAAAGUGGGAACUGUACACUAACCAUUAAUGAAGCUACCGAAAAGGAUGAUGGUGCUUACAGAUGUGUUGCCACUAACGAGCACGGUGAUUUUAUGAACAAGAAUUAA